AGAGGAGCGGGACCGAGGAGCGGGGGUCCGUGCGCGGCCAAGGAGCAAGGCUGGGCCUCGACCCCGCAGGCGUGUGCGCCAAGGAACGGGACACGUGAAGGGAGAGCUUCCCCGCUGAGCCUGUGCCCUCCCUGCUGAAACCCGGGAGUUUGAAGCAGGGGAGCCUAAUAGAGGUUUACAGGAUGAGAGUAGUUAAGCGUAUCUUUUGUGUUUGCCCGAUUGGAGGUCUGGGCCGUGAGCGCCUUUGGACAGUAUCUACCGUCUUUGUACCUGCCAAGCAGACCUUUUCCUAUAGAUGGGAACGGGGGAAGGAGCCCAGACGUGGCAACUCAUUCACAGGCUCCUGCAGGACCACCAUGGCUUAUGAUGGCACCAAGAAGAAAGAAGAGUUCCUAGAGAGUCACCGAAGUGCUGAUGACGGGCUGGCACCUGGCAGGAUACAGCGAGAGAAAAAGCGCUCGUACAAGGAUCUUCUGCAAGAGGAAAACGAGAUCACAGCUCAGGACAGUGAGUUUUUUCCAGGGACAGAAGCUCACAAAAAGAAGAGAAAGCACUCCUCUGAUGAGUUCUGCUACAGAGGUGUCUCGCCUUUGGAUCUACCAUCAAAGAAGAAGAAAAAAGCAUCUUCUAGCCCAUCCUCAGCUGAUACAUCCAUGGAUUUACUCAAGGCUAUCAACUCACCUUUGGCCACAAGCUCAAAGUCUUCAAAGAGAACCUCUGAAAAAUCAUCUCAUUCUUCCUCUGGCCAUUCUGAAAGUAGAAAGGAGCAUCCCAAGAAGAAGCUGAGUGGGAGCAGUGGGGAGCACUCAGUGGAUGACAGCAGCUCCCACAAAUCUAAAAAAAUGAAACCUCUUUAUGUGAACACGGAGACCCUUACUCUCCGUGAACCUGAUGGCUUGAAGAUGAAGCUCAUCCUUUCACCAAAAGAGAAAAGUAGUGCAGCAGAUGAUGAUUCUUUAUCCUACUCUUCAGCACCAGCAGCUGCAAAGAAGUCUUCAAAGAAAUCAGCUAGAGAUGAACAAGGCUCAUUCAUGCUGGGGCACGAUCUGCAGAGCUUCCUGAAGUCAUCCCGGAAAAAGCACAAAGCACCUCCAGACUCGCAUCCACCUUCUGAGAGUUUUGGUGCUGACACCUCCCUUCAUUCAGAGGGCCAUGGAAGUGAGUAUGAGGUUUCAGGUGUGGAGGCGCCGCCAGAAUCUGGUUCUUCUUCUGGUGGAGAGUUGGAGGCUGGAGAGCUGGUGAUAGACGACUCCUACCGGGAAAUCAAGAAGAAGAAGAAGUCAAAAAAAAGUAAGAAAAAAAAGGACAAGGAGAAACACAGAGAGAAGAAACACUCCAAGUCUAAAAAGAGUUCUGGGCACUCUCCUGUCGCAGCAGCGGAAGUAAGAGUGUCACCACCGCCUUCCAGUACCCCCUAUGUUGUCCCUCCACCUCCUGCUGUUUUUCACUCAGAUGGUCAAGGUGAGAAGAGGAGGAAAAAGGAAGACAAGGAGAAGGACAAGGCUGAGAAAUGGGAAAAGGAAAAGGAAAGAGAAAAGGAAAGAGAGAAGGAAAAGGAAAGAGAAAAAGAAAAGGAAAGAGAAAAAGAAAGGGAAAGAGAGAAGGAGAAGGAAAGAGAAAAAGAAAAGGAAAGAGAGAAGGAAAAGGAAAGAGAGAAGGAGAAGGAAAGAGAAAAGGAAAAGGAAAAAGAAAGAGAAAAAGAAAAGGAAAGAGAAAAGGAAAGAGAAAGAGACAAACCAAAGAAGAAAAACAUGUCUGCUUAUCAAGUGUUCUGUAAGGAAUAUCGUACAAAUAUUGUGUCUGAGCACCCUGGAAUAGAUUUUGGAGAGCUAAGUAAAAAACUGGCAGAAGUGUGGAAGCAGCUACCUGAGAAGGAUAAACUGAUCUGGAAACAGAAAGCUCAGUAUCUCCAACACAAGCAGAAUAAAGCAGAGGCCACCACUGUGAAGAGAAAGGCAUCAUCUUCAGAUGGUGCACCAAAAAUGAAAGCUUCUCCAACAGGAGUGAUUUCUCCUCACAAAAAAUCACCCACCAGCACUGUGGUGGUGCCUUCCUCACCAGCCAAAGCCCCUGAGACAGAUCCCAUUGAUGUAGCUGCACAUUUGCAGUUGCUGGGUGAAUCUCUGAGCCUCAUUGGACACAGACUGCAGGAAACAGAGGGAAUGGUGGCUGUUUCGGGAAGUUUGUCAGUACUCCUAGACUCGAUCAUCUGUGCUUUGGGCCCGUUGACAUGUCUGACCACACAACUGCCUGAGUUAAAUGGAUGCCCAAAGCAUGUUUUGUCAAACACACUGGACAACAUUGCCUACAUCAUGCCUGGACUUUGAUGGGAAAGGAUCCUGGGAUGUACUCAACCUCUGUGCAACUGACUUGUUGUGUACAUGCACUACACUGGCGCUCCUGAAGGGCUCCAUGUGGAGGCUUUUUAAGUUUUAUAUGUGUAUAGUAUAUACAUAGGAUUGUAACUAUUUGACUUGUAUUUUAUGAAAAGUUGUGAAGUUAAGCUGAGAAAACUCUUUUGUGUUGGUGGUUGAAAUGUCCUCCAAUCUGAAAGUAUUUUGUAUGAAGAAUUCGGAAAGCUUUUGAGAUAUUCGCCUUAAAUUCAGAUUUAGUGGGGAAAGCAAACAGAGAAGGGACUUCUUGAUAUAAAGAAGAAAGCUGUCACCAUGAGAAAGGUCAUUGAAACAGGUGGCCCAGAGAGGUUCUUGACUCUCCUUCCUUGAUGAUACUCAAAAACUGAACGAACAGCCUUCUCUAGUUGGACUUGCUUUUAGCAGGGAGAUGGACCAGAUAAUCUCCUGAUAUCCCUGCCUAAACUAAAGUAUUGAUAUUCUAUGGGCAGGUAGAGAUGAUAAUAUAUUUUGGACCAAGGAAUAGAACUGAAUUCCUCACCAGCCCUAUUUGUAACUCUUUUUCUGCUUAAAACCCACUUAUUGAGGGGAAAGCUGAAUAGCUUUUUGCCUCUUGGCCACUUUCUCCACCCCCUACUCCUCAAUCAGUUAUUACUGAAAGUUGUCAGUGUUGGCUGGCUGGUCUGGUAGCUGGCAUUUGAAGUGAAGAUGACAAGUUUAAUUUUUCCUUGUGGAGACUCAUAUUCAAAUGAUCAUUAGCACAAUGUAUCAACCCAUUGCAUUGGCUUGAGAGAAUGAACCUCCUGCUGAUUUUUCCACGGCAUGGUCAGCCUGCUUUGAUGGAAAGGAGUAGAGAAGCAGAUGGGAAAAACUUGGAUUGUUUCUGCCCAUCCUGCACUUGUUUUGUGAAAUGGCUCAUCCCCCAUCCCUCUCACCAGCACUAUUGCAGUAGCUGUGGUGCUGCUGCAAGGCAGUGACCAGUGGCCAGUUUGAAGUAGUUAUGGCCAAAUAAGGCACAUGUGGGUUGAUUGGACUCGUUUCCCUCCCUUCCAGCCACAUACUUGGAGUUUGGUUUUCUGCUCCUCUGGAAGAGGAGCCGCAAGAGAAACUUGAUUCCUGUUUAGGCUUUUGUCUGUGUGUAUGUAUGUGUAUGUGGUGUUCAUAUCACAUGUAUUUAGCUUUUACCAAUAUCUGUAACAGAUUUUAAUUUAUCCUGUAUGUUUCUCUGUGCGUGUGUGUAUAUAUUUAUAUAUGUAUACAUAAUUUAAAAGCAAAAAUUCCUCCCUCAGCCAACAGCGUGUGGAAAAUGUGAAUCAAGUUUGCCUCACCUCACUUCCUGCAGGAAUCAACUCUAUGUAUAGUAGUAAGCAUGGGCAUUUUGUAAGGAAACACCAGGAAGAUUCUAAGUGUUUGUAAAAACAGGCUAUCUUGUGAAGGUAGGCAGAACAACUGAAAUACCAUUUGACUCAGGCCUUUUCAGCUCUGUAACAGGAAAGUUGUAAAAUUACAGAAGAGGCAUUUUUUACUUCCAAGUCUAGCUUCUCUUUCUUAGGACAGUUGAAAGUGAGCUGUCCCUCAUUGUGGCUGAGCCUCAAAUCAGAAGUAAAUUAAAUCCUGGGAUAUGCAGGAGGGUUUUCUCCCCAUGCCUCUUUGCCACGUAUUCCCCAGAUGUGCCUGUGCAAGGUAGUCUGUCUCUUACAGAUCUUUUCUCAGUGCAGUGAGGGGUUUUCUCAGCAGAGGAGGCACAGAACGUUCUCAGACCACCUGGCCAGAACACGUUCUAACAGCUUAGGACAAAUCCCAAUGAGCCUGGAAAUAGGAAGGGCCCAGGAGGGAGGCAGUCCAAUCCUGCUUCAGAUCCUGGCCCAUAUUAAAGCAUCUGCUGCUGUGAGCAGCACAAAAUAACUGGCUCUUUCCAGCCCUUCACUGUUGAGAGCAUUGUGGUGAAGGGCUAGAUCUGCUUUUGAAGAAACAGAAGGGGAUCACCUUUAGCUUUGUCCUCUGUACAACAGAAAACUCUUGAAGAGUGAAAAACACAAACGAUCCUGGUGUAUUGUAUUUUUAUUAAAAUUUGUACACUUUGUAUAAUCUGUAUCUUGUGGUAUUUGGUACUAUAGGGAAAACUUUGUCAAGACUUAGCAGGUUUUAUAUUUUUGUUAUUUCUUUGCUGUUUGGUCCUGAUUAUAUUACAAUUAUACACAGAUUUUUUUGUACUGUACUUACAAUAUAGUUUUUUUUUUAACUUCUGGAGUAUUGUCGUUCAUUUCUGGCAUGUGCUGUUUUCUGCAGCUGUUGUUACCACUUGUAUUUAGUGUUUCUCAGCAAAAUACAUCCAAUCCUAACCCUGCUAAACUCAGUCACUUGGCAGGCAAGCUGUACUGUCUCCAGCAGCACCAGUCACCCAAAUUAUCUCUCGGGUUCCUGACUGCUUGGGACCCCCCAGAAGGGAGCACUGCAGGUAACACCACGGUAUUUGUCUUCCCUGCUGCCUCACCUCAGUUCAGGUUCGCGGCGUUCAGGUGACACCAAUACACGGGACUCGAGGGUGCUGUGCAGGAUGUCAGGCGUGGCAGCGUUAGAGCAGGAUUUGUGCUGGCAUUAACACGUCCCCAUUUUUCGGCUAUGGGUGUUGGUUGAUUGCAGCCUCAGCUUGGGCAGGGCAGUUGCUUAGUCCCAGAACGUGCCAACCACCCUCUGUAGAGUCACAGGAUGGUUUAGGUUGGAAGGGACCUUAAAGAUAAUUUCCAACACCCCUGCCACAGACAGGGACACCUUCCACAAAAAAUUUCCUCAAAGCCCCAUCCAACCUGGCCUGGAACACUUCCAAGGAUGGGGAAUACACAAUUCUUGGCAACCUGCCCCAGUGCCUCACCAACCUCACAGUAAAGAACUUCUUCCUAACUCCUACGAGUACGCUCCCACACCGGGCUAUGGAAA